CCAAGAUCUGUAGUGACCGAUUGAGCUUGCUCGGGUUUGCAUUCAAAAGUGUGAGUGCCUACAUGAUCUGAUGAGAUGUUGGAUUCGGAGGACUUCACCAUGUCCCUGGACAAUCUGUUUUUUGAGAAACCCAUUGUCCAUAAAGUAAAGCCACUGCACCAGGAGGACGGUCCAUGGCAGCUGGAAGUGCCUCCAUCUCUGUCUCAGAUUCCAGCCACUCAGGAUAUGCAAGAGGAAGCAGAGUCUCUCUCUACCCUAUACAGUUUCUCCCAGCAACCCAAAACAUUCAUGCCUCCCUAUAAAGGAUCUGCUGGCCUCAAGGUCUUACCAUCGAAAAUCAGUCCUUAUAGUUAUAACAAUGACGAGAAAGAGAUUGAAACUCAGGGUGGCAGCGACAGCACCAGCAGAUGUGGUGGCCUUUGGGGAGGUGAAGGUUUCAGGGAUUACUCUCAGGGUGCCUGUCAGAGUGGCAGUGGUGGAGGUGAAACCCCACAGGACUCUGGUCAUGUGGCCAUCAGGCAGAGGUGUUUGUCUCUGGGGCGCAGCGAAAGCCCAUCUCUACGAAGAAGCUUGUUCAAGGUUCAGGUGUUGAACAAUGGAGGUGACUCGUCAAACACAGAUGACCUCAGUCGCAGCGGCAGCCAGACAGCAUCCAGACCUCAAACUUUUCUCAGUCAGGUUACCAUGGCGACAGUGCCUCCUCCUCUUCAGCCGCCACGGGCGACAGUUAGCCAGCCAGCUCCUCCUUUCUCCCCAAAGCCCCCCUUCUCAACCCCCCCCCCUCUGGGCUCAUCUGCAGCGAGCGGCCGACCCCCGCAGCAGGCGGCUCAUGCAGAGAUGCAGGACAAGGGCACAAAGAGAGCCUUCGUUCCGCCCAUGACGCCUCAGCCGCUCCACAUACAAGGGUCUUCUGGGUCUGGACUUUUGCGUCCAGUUUCUGAAAUCCCAUCUAAGUUCAGAUCUGUCUUCAGCGAGUUCCCAUUUUUCAACUACGUUCAGUCCAAAGCACUUGAUGACGUUCUUUACACGGGUAAGAACUUUGUGGCAUGUGCUCCUACUGGAUCUGGUAAAACAGUGCUGUUUGAGCUGGCCAUAAUUCGUCUGCUAAUGGAGACCUCAGAGCCCUGGAGAGAUGUCAAAGCGGUCUAUAUGGCCCCUAUCAAAGCUCUCUGCAGUCAGUGCUUUGAGAGCUGGAAGAAGAAGUUUGGUCCUCUGGGGCUGAGCUGUAAGGAGCUGACGGGCGACACAGAGAUCGAUGACUUCUUUGAGAUUCAGGACUCCCACAUCAUCCUGACUACACCUGAAAAAUGGGACAGCAUGACAAGAAAAUGGAAGGACAACUGUCUCUUGCAGCUAGUCAGGCUCUUCCUUAUUGAUGAGGUGCAUGUGGUGAAGGAUGCGACCCGUGGUGCCACUCUGGAAGUGGUGGUGAGCAGGAUGAAGGCCGUACAUGCCUACAGGACCGCACAGAAUCCAGAGACAGGCCUCUCUAUGAGGUUUGUGGCUGUAUCAGCCACCAUACCCAACGUCUCUGAUAUAGCAGACUGGCUGUCUAACGAGAGUGGUCCAGCCACAUAUCUGGACAUGGACGAGAGCCACCGUCCAGUAAAGCUGAGGAAGGUGGUGUUGGGAUUCCCCUGCAGCCCUAACCAAACAGAGUUCAAGUUUGACCUGUCACUCAACUACAAGAUGGCCAACAUCAUACAAACGUACUCUGACCAGAAGCCUGCACUGGUGUUUUGCUCUACAAGGAAAGGAGUCCAGCAGUCAGCUACAGUUCUGGCCAAGGAUGCUCGGUUCAUCAUGAGCAUUGAGCACAAGCAAAGGUUGAUGAAAUAUGCAAACUCUAUUCUGGAUUCAAAACUAAGAGAUCUGGUGAUGUUAGGGGUUGGUUACCACCAUGCAGGAGUUGAUUUGUCUGAUAGGAAGUUGAUAGAAAAGGCCUUCACUCUGGCAGACCUGCCUGUCCUCUUUACCACCAGGACUCUGGCCAUGGGGGUGAACCUGCCAGCUCAUCUGGUGGUGAUCAAGUCCACCAUGCAGUAUGUGGCAGGCUCCUGUGAGGAGUACAGCGAGGCCGACUUGCUGCAGAUGAUAGGCCGAGCUGGAAGACCACAAUUCGACACGUCAGCGACUGCAGUGAUUAUGACCAAGAGCCAAACCAAAGACAAGUACAUGAAUCUAAUGAAUGGGAUGGAAAUCAUUGAGAGCAGCUUACACAGUCACCUGGUUGAGCACCUGAAUGCUGAGAUUGUUCUCCAAACCAUCAGCGAUGUCAACAUGGCUCUGGAUUGGAUACGUUCCACCCUCCUCUACAUCAGAGCCCUCAAGAACCCCACACACUAUGGUUUCUCCGCUGACUUAGACAGAUAUGGAAUCGAAGCAAAAUUGCAAGAACUGUGUCUGAGGAACCUCAACUCUCUGUCCUCCAUUGGUCUGAUUGACAUGGAUGAAGAUAUCAACAUCAAACCAACAGAGGCCGGCAGGUCGAUGGCGCGGUACUGUGUUGCCUUUGACACUAUGAAACAGUUCUGCAAAGUGUCUGCCACUGAGAACCUGUCUGACCUGAUUGAGUUGGUGUCGAAGAGCAGAGAGUUCAGUGACAUUCAGUUGAGAAUGAAUGAAAAGAGGCCUUUGAACACUUUGAACAGGGACAAGAACAGGAUCACCAUCAGGUUUCCCCUUGAUGGAAAGAUCAAAACCACUGAGAUGAAAGUGAACUGCUUGAUUCAGGCUCAGUUGGGUUCCAUCUCAAUUCAAGAGUUUGGACUUACCCAGGACACAGCAAAGAUCUUCAGGAAUGGGAUGCGCAUAAGCAGAUGCCUGUCAGAGUUUCUGAGUCAGCGAUCCAAGACCGGUUUUUCUGCUCUGCUCAACUCCCUGAUCCUGGCCAAGUGCUUCAGAGCCAAGCUUUGGGAAAACUCGCCCUAUGUUUCCAAACAGCUGGAGAAGAUAGGCCAGACUUUGUCAACUGCCAUGGUGAACGCUGGACUCACCACUUUCAGCAAGAUAGAGCAAACCCACCCCAGAGAGCUUGAGCUGAUUCUCAACAGACACCCACCAUUUGGCAACCAAAUCAGAGAAUCUGUCAUACAUCUCCCGAAGUAUGAAGUUACUUUGGAGCAGCUUCCGAGGUAUAGCUGUGCUACAGCAGAGAUUGUGGUGAAGGUGAACCUAAAAAACCAAGCACAGCUGCUGUCCAGGAGAACAGCCCCUGACCACCACUAUGUCUCUCUGAUCAUCGGAAACUCUGACAAUACUUUGGUCUUCCUACAGAAACUCACGGACUUUGUGCUGUUGAAGAGUGGUAGCUGGUCGAAGAAAAUUGAGGUGACAAAGGCCUCAAAAGGAGAGGAGAUCAGUGUCAAUCUCAUCAGCUCUGAAUACGUGGGCCUGGACAUCCAGCAGAAGUUCAAUGUGUACUAUAGUAGAGGCAGAAGGGUUGAAACUGAUGAUCCAUACAACGUGUCAUAUGAUCAUACUGGACAGAGACCGCAGCCCUCUGCACUGAAACCACAAUCUACAGAUCAGGCUGUAGCUCAGAGGGAAACAUCUACUACAGACACAGAUUUAGACAACAAAAGGCGGUGCAACCACUUCUGCAAGAAUAAGGAUCUCUGUGGCCACGACUGCUGUAAAGUAGGUGUAACUGUGGCACGGAAGAGGUCAACAAAUCAAGAAUGCAGUUUCUCUUCCUAUUUGAAUGACCUGAGGAGCAGGUGUGACACACUCACGCAGACUCCUGUCAAACGACUCAAGAUGAAAAUGAGGCAGGAGUUUUCUUACAAACCCAAAGAGAGGCUUCCUACUGUUUCCAGGUAUGGAGGGAGUCACUAUGAAGCGUCAGUGAGACCUCACACUGAGACUGUGGAUCUCACAGAAGAAGACCCUCCUCACCUGCCAGACAUAGUUCAUCUGGAUGAUGUUGACUGUGAUUAUGAUGACUAUGACAUGAGCAGGAUGAUGGAGGACUCUAUCCAAACACCUGCUGCGUCUUAUUCUCACCAACAAAGUUCCUCAGUGUGGAUGAACCCAGGAAUCAGUGUUGGUGUGAGUCAGAACCAUAAACCACUACUGAACCAGAUCAAUACAACCAACUGGGCUUACUCAAAGAGGUCCACUGCUGUAUCGAACCAGAGCGCUCACUGCAAAAAUAUUUUAUCCUCACAAAUACCGACUGUCAGCUUUGACCUUGGAAAUGAAUGGGACGACUGGGGCGACUUUGAUGAUGAGAACUUGGUGCGUGCCAGCGAGACAUCGUGUACAGCUAAACCUCAAGUCCAGCCAUCUGUUGACUACAACACACCAGGUUUAGCUGCUUCAUCAGUGUCAGUAUCACAAGUCAAACCCUGUAUAACCAGUGCUGGAACACCACUGAGGUCGACUUCACCAGCUUUAGGUCCUGAAAUCCGAAAAAUGGGACCCUCACCGGUAACAGUGAGAGCACAAAACAGAAUCACACUGGACUGGAAUAAAAAGAGACCAAACAUCUUCAGUGAACAGAUCUCUGUAAAAACACCAGAACAUCUCCCAAAACAGACAGAGACCCGCGUGGCCCCACUUACCAGAAGAUUUGAUUUCUUCUCAACAAUGAGCGUCCCAGACAACACCAGCUCGUCUGUCAACAGAUGCACGAACAGCAAAGAAGAGGAAGCUUUCGUUGGGAUAUUUGAUGGUAUAUUUUAGAAGUACUGCUUGUCUAACUGUUAAAUUAAUACGUUCUAAACAUAAAGUGUUUUAUUUAUGUUUGUGUUCACGUUUGUGAAUCUGUCAGCUUUACAUCAAAAGACGAAAAAAGUAAUCUUAUUAUAUAUUCAUAUUGUAAAUGAAACACUGUUCUAGUUUUGAUUGUUACCAAUGUAAUUUAUUUAUUUAAUAAAGUCUCUGUUUAUUGUAUAAUUCAGUGCAGUAUUGGGGAGUAAAUCAGCUCAUAGUUUAAAUAUCAGUACCUUUGUGAGUAUUUUAGGUGUUUAAAUAGAUGAGAGGUGCAUCCUUUGAGCUAUUGUCUAU